AAAAAAAUAGAACAACAUGUCUCACAGAAAGUUUGAAGCACCAAGACACGGUUCUCUUGGUUUCUUGCCAAGAAAGAAGGCUAGAAGAGAAAGAGGUAGAGUUAAGGCUUUCCCAAAGGAUGACCAAAAGAAGGCUACUCAUUUGACUGCUUUCCUUGGUUACAAGGCUGGUAUGACCCACAUUGUCCGUGAAGUUAACAAGCCAGGUUCUAAGAUGCACAAGAAGGAAGGUCUCGAUGCUGUCACCAUCAUUGAAGCUCCACCAAUGGUUGUUGUCGGUGUUGUUGGUUAUAAGCAAACCCCAACUGGUUUGAAGGCCAUCGGUACUGUCUGGGCUAAGAAUAUCAGCAAUGAAUUCAGAAGAGUUUACUAUAAGGAUUGGUGUAGAUCCAAGAAGAGAGCUUUCACUAAGCUCACCAAGACUUACUUGGAACAAGCUGCUCAAGAAAAGAGAACUCAAGCUUUGGAAUCAUUCAAGAAGAACGCUGAUGUUAUCAGAAUUGUUGCUCACACUCAACCAAGCAAGGUUACUGCCACUAACAACAAGAAGGCUCACGUUGCUGAAAUCCAAGUUAACGGUGGUACUGUUGAUGAAAAGAUCAAGUUCGCUGUUGCUAACCUCGAAAAGCUCGUCUCUGUUGACUCUGUCUUCGCUAAGGAUGAACCAAUCGACGUUAUUGCCGUCUCCAAGGGUAAGGGUACUAAGGGUGUCGUUUCCAGAUGGGGUGUUAGAAGAUUGCCAAGAAAGACCCACAGAGGUUUGAGAAAGGUUGCCUGUAUUGGCGCUUGGCAUCCAGCUAGAGUUUCCUUCUCUGUUGCCAGAGCUGGUCAAAAGGGUUUCUUCCACAGAGUCCACCAAAAUAAGAAGAUCUACAGAAUCGGAAAGUCCAACAAGACUGAAGAAGGAAAGAAGUCCGCAAUGACUGAUUUCGAUUUGACUGAAAAGGAUGUCAACCCAAUGGGUGGUUUUGUUAACUAUGGUGUUGUUGAAAACGACUGGGUUAUGGUCAAGGGUAACGUUCAAGGUCCACCAAGAAGAGUUGUCACUUUGAGAAAGACUUUGGUUCCAGAACACAAGUGGGGCAGAGACAUGAAGGAAGAAAUUGUCUUGAAGUUUAUCGAUACUACCUCCAAGGUUGGUAAGGGUAAAUUCCAAACCACUACCGAAAAGAACAAGUUCUUAGGUCCAAGAAAGAAGCAAUUGGAACAAAAGAGAUUGGAAGAUGAAAAGAAACUCCAAGCUUUGAAGGAAAAGAGAAAGCUCUAAAUUGAGACAUGUAGUAAAAUAUAGAUUGCUCUAAGCUUUCACAAGUUCUUUUGUACAAAUUAUAAACAUUUAGUCGCGAGCUUAAUU